UAUGAUUAUUCAUCGAAGCACAAGGUCGCCGCGUACGUGCGCGCGCACACACACCGCGCGCUUGGGGCUAGAAGGGCAGCAUUGGGGGAGGAGAGAAACACACACACACACACACAAAAGAGCGUGCUUCGGCGAGGUGAAGUGGAGCUGGCCAGCCUCAAGGCUCUAAUGAGUCUGUGCGCGCGCCUUGCCCUGAUUGGGAAUCGGGGGGAGAGAGAGAUGCCAGUUGACCUCUUCCCCCCUCCCUUCCUCCAUCAACUCCAAUUGUUAAAGAAGAAGAGCCGGAGUCAGUGCUGAGCUGGAGAUGCAGCAACUUCCCGGUUCCCUCCUUGGGAUCACACUUUGCUGGGAAAUAAUUGUGUAAACUGGGGGCUGCCACCACGGAGAGACCACAGGAACCCCCCUUGGGCACUCCAUGUCCCUUUGACGGGGCCUUUUGGACUCGAAGACCCACACACGCACCCCACCAGGGGUGCUUUGCUUGCAUUUCUAAGAUGCCCCCUGCACAUCAAGGAUCGUCUGUCCUGUCUCCUUCUUCUGCCAUUUGCCUCAUGGAGAACAAGAGUUGCAAAGGAGAUAGCCUGCGGCCACCUAUCCCAUGUAAACACUCUGUCGAGAAGAAGACAAUGACUAAUCCCACCACAGUGAUUGAAAUCUAUCCAGACACCACUGAGGUGAACGAUUACUAUCUCUGGUCCAUCUUCAACUUUGUAUACCUCAAUUUCUGCUGUCUGGGUUUCAUUGCCUUGGCGUAUUCUCUGAAAGUUCGGGAUAAAAAACUCCUCAAUGACCUGAAUGGUGCUGUUGAAGAUGCCAAGACAGCUCGUCUUUUUAACAUUACCAGCUCAGCACUAGCCACCUUCUGCAUCAUCCUUGUCUUCAUCUUUCUGCGAUACCCACUAACCAAUUACUAGAAUGUAGCCAGCAAUUGCUGCCCAAAAUCCUCUGUGCCAGAAGCUGCCAUUGAGUUUCUAACUGAAGGGACACAAGCAAAUAAAAACACCCAUACAAUCCCCUCCUAAUGGCAAAUGCCACCCCAAACAAAUCACAGAAGUAAUCAGGACUCCCAUUCACCCUCCCCCAUAACCUGACUGGUAACGUGAACUUCUUUAGCAGAGAGUUUUACUUUUACAUUUUGUACACAAAGUAUUUAUUUUCAUGGUAGAGAAAUAAGGUUUGAUGGUGAGAUUGAAACUCGACACAGCUUCAUUGAAGGGGACGGUCAACUGCAGUGGAGGCAAAAUUGAGAGAAUACAGGGCCAUCAGUGAACCCAAGAUGAAGGCAACAUAACCAGCCUGAGUGCUGAACUGAGGGAAUGGGGCAGAUUGCCCUGUUGGGCAAGUUGAGCUGCAGACGUCUUUUGAAUCUACCACAAAGUCUGUACACAGUUUCAGAGCUGGAGUGGGAAUGGAAUAAAAAAUGCUUGCUGCUAAGAGAUAGGCAUGGCCUUUGCAGAACAUAUCAAUUGCAUUCAGACUGCUUCCAAGUCCUUUCCCUCUCCCUGCCCCACUCUGUGACCCCUACACACACACACACUUGAUGUCUACAUUUUUACCUGUUUUUAAUUUUUAUUUGAAGCCUAUAAUAGCUUGCAAAAAUGUAAAAAGAAAAUCAGGAAAUUUGGAUCCCAGACAGUUUACACUAGUCUCUCCUGAGGAAUCCUGGAGCUUUCCAGGGCAAAUCUCAAAAGGGAACAAAGUAAUGAUGUUCUUUGGAUCCUCAUGGAAACACUGAGAAUGUAGACGACUAAUGGAAAAUGUGCAUAGACCCUGUAUCUCUGUCAACUUUCAAUAAAAAAUACCUCUGACCAUCAGACACUGUA